ACGGCGCGCUCUGGAUCUCACACUUUUGGGGGAAUCAUUUUGUUUCUGCCUGUGUUAAAGUUCACCAAAACCGUGUAUCGUUUGUUUGCUUCGCAGCGCAGGGUUGAAGCGGAUGGCCAGGUAUUGACGUACUUCUGCAUGGAUUGUUUGCAAAAACUUCUUCGCCGAGAGUGUGUGCUGUGCAAACUGGGACACGCGCUCUUGUUUCCAUAGAAACGCACAAGACGCCUUGGUACUGCUGUGCCGCUCGCCGCUCCGAUCAUUCAUCAAGACUUCACAAAAACAGCAAGAUGCCAUUUUAUGACAACGUUUACUACCCGUACCCCUCAGAUCCCCCGGGAACCCAUUCCUCAGCAGGGAUCCCGUCUCUCUUGAGCUCUCCUCAGAGUCAGCCCUCGUCCGGCAGCCUGAGCAGACCGGCCGCAUCCACCAUGUCCGGACCACUUACGUCCUCCGGAGCCGCCGGCAUCCCCCCGCCCUUCAAGUUCAGAACCCGGCGUGAGAAUGUAGACUGGCGUCGGAUCAACGCCGUGGAUGUGGACCGGGUGGCUUCUGAAUUGGACUGUCACACUCUACAGGAGCACAUCACGGAGGUGACGUUCUGCAGCGUGGAGGGCGAGCGCUGCCAGCGCUGUCAGAGCCCCGUGGACCCGGCCCUGAUUAAGCUCUUCCGGCUAGCCCAGCUAACCGUGGAGUACCUGCUGCACUCCCAGGACUGCCUCAGCAUCAGCCUGCAGGCAGCCGAGGAGAGGCUUCAGGCGGAGGCACGCGAAAGGGAGCAGUUCUGCGUCCAGCUGCAGAAAAAAACCCAGGAGGCCAAAACGCUAAAGGAGGAACUGAAGCAGAGGAAGAAGAUCAUAGCCUCUCAGCAAGCCAUGUUCAGCGCGGGGAUCGGUGCCAAUUACCACAAGUGCCAACACUGUGAGAAAGCCUUCAUGAAUGCCUCUUUCCUGCAAAGUCACAUGCAGCGCAGACAUUCGACGGAGUUUGACAUCAAACUGAUAACUGAUAAUCAGAAAAAAAUUCAGACCAUGAAGUUACAAGAGGAAAUCAACAAACUACAAGAGCAGUUGACCCUGGUCACGUCCCAAAUGGAGACCCAGCAGAAAGACUACACUGCUAAACAGGAGAAAGAGCUCAUUCAAAGGCAGGAAGAGUUUAAGAGGCAACUGGAAAUAUGGAAAGAAGAAGAGAAAAUGCGGAUGAACAGCAAAAUAGAUGAAGUCAAGCAAGUCUGUCAGCGGGACAUGGAUUCAAUGCAUCAGAAGAACAGAAACCUAGAAAAUGAGCUGCUAAAAUUACAGCAGAAAAAUAUGCAGGAAAGUGUGCAGCUGGCACAGACACAGCCCAGUACAUCAGCCAGCAAUGAACACUGGCAGGAAGUUGUUAAACUUCAGCAAAAACUUCACAAACAAGAGGUGAAGUGGACAGGGAAAAUGCAAAAAAUAAAGGAGGAACAUGACAGUGAAAAAAGUCUGCUUCAGGAGGAGCUGUUCAAACUGCACUCGGCCGUGUCAGAAGGGAGAGAGGAAUCACGACGACAGGUGCAGGAGCUGAGCCACAGGCUGCAGGAGCAGCAGCAGAUUAUUGCUUCCCAAAACAAGCAGAUGAAACAGAUCUCAUCAAAGCCACCAGCAAUAACAGUACAGCGUGAAGUGGUUGCUGCCCCGGCUCCAGAGGCUAAAGCUAAAGUGGUGCUCAGUGAUUCCUCUAGCAUCUCUGAAGGUCACACAGAGAGCCGGUCGUGGCAGCAGGAAGUGCAGGAGCUGUUGAAGAACCCGGGUUUAAGGAGAGACAUGCGUCUGGCAGCUCAGCAGAACCUUGAAGAUAGACUGCAGAGCUUAGGCAUCAAGGGAGUCAGUGGUCUCUCUAAAGGGGUGUUUAAGAGCACCAUGUCCCAGGUUAUCACUGAUCGUCAGAAGAGACAGGAAGAGGAUCCAGUGUAUCGGAGGGCUCUGAAAGAGAUCAGCCAUAAACUGGAGCAGAGAGUGAAGGAGAGGAACACAGAGCAGCCAGCCAGACCCAAACAACAUGAACAAGUGGUUCAGUCCAGACCCAGAUCCAGCAGUUUUCCAUCUACAGUAACUCGAGUGGUGUCAGGCCCUGCUCCUAAACAGCAGCACACCCCACAACCAACUCCACGCACCCUGCCCAAGACCUCCACACCGCUACAGCAUCACAGAACUCCUCCAUUUAGCUCUGAUGAAGAAUCAUCUGAGGAAGAGGAAUCGUCUGAAGAAGAAACCCCUCAAACACAGAAGAAAUCCGCCCUGGUCAACAGCACCACAGUCAAGGCCCAGACUGCUAAAACACAGCAGCGCUUGACCCCUCACGCUCCUGCUGUGCGCUCCGCUGCUCCCGUGAUCAGGGCGGACAGAACAGACGUGACGGCUCUGAGCGAGAGCGACAGCGAGUGGACCGACGGCAGCGAGAUGGAGGAGAUCAACCUCUCACAGCUGCACAAACACGCUGACCAGAAUGGAAACGUGGAGAAGUUUACUCACAGUAAUGUGAAAACUCUUAGCAAAAGCCUUGAAAAACAGCUGGAAGCACGAGGCCCAAAGAAACCAGCAGGGGGCGUUAAUAUGUUGCUUGAAAAGCCAACAGCUGUCAAAAAUAUAAAACCAGACGCAAGGAAAGAGCUAAAGCACUGGAGCUCCUCAGGGCUGCGUUCUCUCCCCACUGCUCUUCUCCAUGUACACCAACGACUGCACAUCUAAAGACCCCUAUGUCAAGCUCCUGAAGUUUGCAGACGACACCACACUGAUCGGCCUCAUUCAGGACGGUGACGAGUCUGCUUACAGACAGGAGGUUAAAGAGCUGGCUUUCUGGUGCAGUCUUAACAACCUGGGGCUUAACACGCUCAAAACAGUGGAGAUGACCGUGGACUUCAGGAGAAACCCCCCUGCACUCCCCCCACUCACCAUCAUGAACAGCACUGUGACUGCAGUGGAGUCAUUCAGAUUCCUGGGACAAUCACAUUGAGUCCAUUGUGAAAAAGGCCCAGCAGAGGCUGUACUGCCUUCGCCAGCUGAGGAAGUUCAACCUGCCACAGGAGCUGCUGAAACAGUUCUACUCCGCCAUCAUUCACUUCAGUAACUGUCUGUUUCAGCUCAGCUACCAAAUCUGACCUCAGAAGACUACAGAGGGUAGUCCGGACUGCUGAGCGAAUCAUUGGUACAACCCUCCCCACUUUCCAAGAACUGUACUUAUCCAGAGUGAGCAAAAGGGCUGGCAAAAUCACUCUGGACCCCUCACAUCCAGCACACUCCCUCUUUGAACUGUUGCCAUCUGGUCGACGCUACAGAGCUCUGAGCACCAGAAUGACCAGCACAGAAACAGUUUCUUCCCUCAGGCAAUCCAUCUCAUGAACACUGGACAUUAAACACACAACACUAUUAUACAUUAUUUAUUCACCACAUACUUAUUUUUUUAUUUCAAAUUUGCACAUAUCAGACCUGUACACACGUAAUUGUCUAUAUUGUAUAUUGUGUUUUUGCUAUUUUGUACAUUGCCUAUUUGUAUAUUGGAUAUUAUUCUUUUAUUAUCUGUGUCCUGUCCUGUCGCUGUCAUUCUGUUGCACUGUGGAGC